AUGGUCUAUCCAGAUGAUCAUCCGCUUCCUCCGUAUCCGCAACCGGUGAAAAUCGUCAAAUAUGUGCCAAAAGAGACCUCAAUCAGCUCGCCAUAUUUGGAUUAUUGCCCCGGAUGCCAGUCAACGAUCAUGACGCGCUGCGAAUCGCACCUCGGCGUGUGCUGGUGGAUCAUCUGCUUCGUCGGCUUCUUCCUCUUCUGUUGGCCGAUUCUAUUCUUCCUGUGCUGCGACUGCUCGAAAGACAUCGACCAUCGUUGCCCGAAUUGCGGUCUUUUGUUGGCGACGUCGAAAAAAGCGGGCUUCUGA